CCACGGCCGUUCGUUCACAAAAUACGUAAACGUAAGCGCGUGGCCGAUCGAUGAGCGAUCGAGAAUGAUUAGUAAGAGAGAUCGUUAUUAAGAUCAUUCGUUUUUGGAUCGUUCGAUCGAUCGUUGAUUGAUUUGUCAAUAAUAAUAAAAACGUGAAUGUUAAUAUAAUAUUGUUUAUUAAGAACAUGAAUCGUUAAAGAGUCGAAAAGCAUAUCUCGAUCGAUGACUGGUCGAAAUUUGUUCGAUAAUCGUUAAUGCGUUUGGUUAGAAAAGAUUUGAAUGAUUUUUACAACAGUGCAGUGAGACUUGGACUCUUUUGAUAUUGUGAAAUAUUAAGUGCAUACCUGGGUAUAAAUAGACGUUUACUAAAAUGGGCGGUAAAGUAUCAGUGGUCGCAGAGCACCGUGUUCUGAAAAUCAGUCCGAAUUUGGUACCAAAGGAAACGACUUUUCCGAAAAAUCGAAUUAUAUCCAAUAAGCUAUUUUAUUUGUUACAGUACACACUAUGGAACUUCGUACCAAAAAAUCUCUUCGAGCAAUUUCGACGUAUUGCAAAUUUUUACUUCUUGCUCACUGCUCUCGUAGCGAUUAUCAUAGACUCACCAAUUUCACCACUAACCAGUUCUGUGCCAUUGGUAUUCGUUAUUCUAGUCACAGCUUGUAAACAAGGAUAUGAGGAUUUCAAUCGCUAUCGUUCAGAUCAGCGUGUCAAUCGUACACUCUGUACAGUUAUUCGUAACAAAUGUGUACAGAAUAUCCAUUGCGAGAAAAUAGUCGUGGGAGAUCUAGUAAAAGUUAGUAGGGACGAAGAUGUUCCUUCUGACUUACUUCUCCUGUACAGUAGCGAUGAGAGUAAUUCCUGUUACGUGACAACAUCUAAUCUUGAUGGAGAAACUAAUCUUAAGACGCUAUACGUUCCAAGAGUUGUCUCAUCCAUUUCCAUUACUGAUAUUGUAUCCAUGGAGGCUGUGGUUACUUGCCAACAUCCAAUACCUAAUUUAUAUACGUUUCAUGGUAAAAUUGAAGUAACACACAAUAAUGAACAAUUAAAUGGAUUUCUGACAAUAGACAAUGUGUUAUUGCGAGGAGCCAGACUCAAAGAUACCGAAUUCGUGAUUGGAUGCGCAAUUUAUACUGGUCAGGAUACAAAACUCUCUAUGAAUUCAAAAAUCACGACAAAUAAAUUUUCUACGGUUGAAAGAUCCAUAAAUACAUAUUUAUUAGUCUUUAUCAUAGUUUUAUUGGUAGAAAUUUUUUUUUCUACGUUGAUGAAGGCAAUCAUAGAAAUAAAAUCUAAUAGGGAUGAUUAUUGGAGCCAGAAAAAUCCUAUUACUGCCCGUACUGUCUUGGUUGAUAUUUUUUCUUUUACACUACUGUACAAUUAUAUUGUUCCAAUAUCCCUUUACGUUACUGCUGAGAUGCAAAAGUUUUUGGGUUCUUUUUUCUUUGGUUGGGAUAUUGAUCUCUACGAUGAGGCAACUGAUCAACCAGCGAAGGCAAAUACUUCUGAUUUGAAUGAGGAACUAGGCCAGGUCGAAUAUUUAUUUACUGACAAGACUGGAACCCUCACUGAUAAUCUUAUGGUGUUUAGACGCUGCUCCAUAAAUGGAAAAUGUUAUAUGGAAAAAGAUUGUGAUGGUAAUCUUUACUUAUUACCAUCUAGCGGAAUUGAGGAGCUUGCUGAGAAAUUAGAAACUUGGCAGCCCGAUAUUUGGCACUUUAUGAUAAGCAUUUCUCUUUGUCAUGCCGUCCACAUUGCACCUCCAAGUCAAAAAGCUAGUAUUAUGGCUCGAAGAUCAUUUUUCCGUGAAAGCUUUCGCCAGAAGAAAACUACAGUUAUCAACAGCUCCUUACUCAUGGAUCCGGAUCUACCGGAAUAUCAGGCUGCGUCGGCCGAUGAAAAGGCUUUGGUAGAAGCUAGUGCUCGAUGUGGUGUGGUAUUUCAAAAGGAUUCUGGUGAUGAAUUGGAACUUAAAGUUAAAGACGAUAUAUUAAAGUUUAAAAGAUUGGAGACUCUCGAAUUCACAUCUGAGAGGAAACGAAUGUCGGUUGUGGUAGAGGAUGCUGCAGGAGAUUUAUGGUUGUAUUGUAAAGGUGCUGAUUCAGCCAUCUUUCCACUUAUAGUAAAAGGAAGAAUUAAAGAGGCCAACGAUCACAUAUCCGACUUUUCUGUGAGGGGUCUGCGGACGCUUGUAAUUGGUUACAAAAAAUUAAAACAAACCGAUUACGCUCGGCUAAUGCAAAACAUAGAGUAUUCUCGACAAAUAAUCGGCGAUCAACGUGCAGAACAAGUUGAGCGUGCUUACAGAGCUAUGGAAGAUGGUUUAACGUUACUUGGCGUGACUGCGGUGGAAGAUCGAUUACAAGACGAUGUCCCAGAAACUCUGGAGAGUUUACGUGCGGCUGGCAUAAAAAUUUGGAUUUUAACGGGUGACAAAGCAGAGACGGCUGAGAAUAUUGCCUUUCUCUGCGGUCAUUUUAAGAAGGGUACUGAAUUGUUGAGGCUCAUGGACCAAGUCACUGCACAAUCUUGUUGCAUAACACUAACCAGUUUCGAGAGACGCGUGAUGCUGGAUCCAUAUAAACAGUAUGGAAUAAUAAUGGAUGGUGUAAGUAUGGCUACUGCUUAUAAAAAUUGUCCGGAACUUCUUCGUAGUGUGGCGAUGUCUUGCGAAGCUGUGGUUUGUUGCAGAAUGUCUCCCUUGCAAAAGUCUGAGAUGGUACAGUUGCUGAAAUGUAAUGGAAAGAAACCAAUUACGGCCGCCAUUGGUGACGGCGGAAAUGACGUAUCUAUGAUACAAGAAGCACAUGUAGGGAUUGGUAUCAUGGGAAAGGAAGGACGUCAGGCGGCAAUGAACUCAGAUUUUGCAUUUACUAAAUUUCGAUUUUUGAGAAAAGCAUUGCUAGUACAUGGGCAUUGGUAUUAUGUGAGACUUAGUAUUCUGACGCAAUAUUUUUUCUAUAAGAAUUUAGUAUUUAUAACACCACAGUUUCUAUUUGGAUUCUCCAGCAAAUUUUCCACUCAGUCACUUUUCGAUAGUAUAUUUCUUAUGUGUUACAAUACUAUAUUCACUUGCGUUCCAGUACUUCUUUAUGGAUUAUUUGAACAGGAUUACUCUGCUGAUAAACUGUUAAAAUAUCCUCAACUGUAUAAAAUUAAUAGUAAAAAUUAUUUAUUAUCAACAAAGCAAUUUGCCAUAUGGAGUUUUAUAGCUGUAUGGCAUACCUGUGCAUCAUAUUUCAUACCAUUCAGCUUUUGGUAUAUCAAUCCCAUCAAUCUAUAUGAUAACACAGAAGCUGGCCAUUGGGUUUACAGUACAUGUAUAUUUCAUAUAGUUACCUUAGUAACUGGUCUCAAGAUUUUAUUAUAUAGUACGUAUUGGACUACACCUUUUGUAGUUAGCGUAGUGUUAUCAGAGAUUUCCUUUUACAUUGUUGCAUCAACUUAUUCAGGCUUAAAUAUAAGAUAUGAUGGAGACAUGCUCUGGGUCUUUUACAAGUUACUAAUGUCACCAACCUUCUGGCUAUUGACUGUUGUCACCACAGUGACAUGUUUUAUACCAGAUUUCCUAAUACUGAUCUACAAAAACUACAGGCCCAUGAGAGUUGCGAAACAGCAUUCACGAAAAAACGGAGGCAUUAACGUCAGCUCAUCACUUUCUCAGUCACAUUGUAAACGCAUAACGGAUUUUCUGCCAUGGAAGGGCAAUCGGCCUUUCAACAAAAUAUUUUAACCCCAUCAAACACCAUAGUCAAAUAACCUCACUUUUUCCCAGGCAGAAUAAAUUAAAUAGUAAAUAUGAGAUUAACAUCCUGCCAUUUUCGUCGUCUAAUGGUCACCACUUUACUGGUAGCAUUGAUCUAUUGUAUUAUUCAAAUCCUUAGAUCUGAACUUGGAUUCAAUGACACCGA